CAAUCUCCCAAUUCCUUCCCUCCUACUAAGUACUAAUUAAUGCCGCUGGCCCCGCCCUUGCCAAGUGCGGCCCAACGCUGGUUCGUUUUGUUUCAAUCAAUUUCCCCUGACGGGAAGCGUUCCAUCCGCCAUCCGCCCUCCGCCUGUCCUGUCCUGUUCUGUUCUGUCCUGUCCCGUCCUUGUCCUCCUUCUCCUUCUCUUCCUCCGUCUUCUCUCACUCUUUCCCCUGCUCACUCACUACUUACUCAAUUCAACUCUCUCUCCUCCCACCCCCUCCCCCCCUCCCCUUCUCCUCAUACUUCCUCCUACUUGGACUUCACCUAUUUCCCUUCCCUUCCCAAUUAUCUCUCCCCCGAUCUUCUUCUUCCUAGUCGAAUCCCAGCCACCUCCGUCCCCUUUACCGAUCAAGUCCGGAUCCGCUCACAAUCCUCUUUUCUCGGUCGCUGGGCGACCGCCACCUCUGCCUAUUCCGGUCCGCCGCCGUGAGAUAUCGCCGUCCGCUCUUCCUCCUUGAUCAACUCAGGCGCCCUUCAUGUUGUUGCGACCGUGCCAGCACUCCUCGGGUUCGACUUGUCUUUACCCGCCAUCCCAUUGGUCUACUUGAGUGCUAGUUUGCAGCAUAAUUUCCCGC